GGAAUCUAAGCUGAAAAUGAGGUUCAAGGAGCAAUUUGAGUUUCAUAAAAUCCCUGAAUGGGAUGAGCAUUAUCUCAAAUAUGCUCGAUAUCUCGAACACAUUGAACAUAUAGCAAGCAAGAUGGUGAAAUAUCGUCUUAAUAAACCACUCACGAGUCAAUUUGACUUCACAGAGGAGUGAAAAGUUGUUGUGGCAGAAGGCGUUGAUGAAGACCAGAAGAUGAUACCAAUAGACUCUCAUCACAAUUUAUCGCAAGAUGAUUCUCUGAACUAUUAUUCCGAAUUAUCAUCACCCAAAACAUCUGACUUGGAAGCACCUCUGAUCUCGCUAACCACUGAUGUUAAAGAGUUACUCGAGGAAUUUGUAGUAGAAUGUAAAGAUAUCAAUGAUUUUUAUAUUACAGAGAAAAAGAGAAUCACAGAGGAAUAUAACCUCUUUUACACAAGAUUUUUGGGCAAGAUUAGCACAGAUCCUACCCAUAUGAAUUUGCAAGAGGAUCUUAAGCAAUAUAAUCUGGAUGGCCUAGGCUAUUCUUCUUCGUGGUCAAGGAAAUUUGUAGAGUUUUACUCUAAACUUUCAUGGCUGGAUGGGUUUGCAAAAAUAAAUAUAGUUGCUAUUCAAAAGAUCCUCCUAAAGUUUGAUAAAAUUCUCUUCACAGUGAAGGAGAGCAAAUUUAAUCACAAGCUCAACCUAUUCAUCUACAGUUUGCCUCUAACAGAAGAGAAAGGAUGUAUCCAAGAGAGGAAGAAGAUAAUGAUCUCUGUUUCUAAGCACUACUUCAACCAUAAGGAAAAUAAAGCUUUUAAAUUCCUGGAAUCUACCCUCUCAGCUCAUAAACCCAAAGGUAGGGGUACUCUAAAGCUACUGCUUGGUAUCAUGAUUGGUCUUACCUUGAUCUUGAUCUUCUUUAUAUGCUCUCCUGCAAGGGAAGGGUAUUAUCCCUUGGACAAGAUUAAAGAGAUAUAUCCCAUUUACAGAGGAACUCUCAGUUUUAUAUUUACCCUCCUAUGAUGUGGGGUAGUCAUUAUUUUCCUCAAAGAAUUUAGAGUCAACUAUGUUAUCAUAUUUGAAUCCAAUCCUGCUAACAGAUUAGCUCCUGGUGGGAUGUACACUCUAGCCUCAAUGCUCAUGAUAGCAUGGCUUAUCUGCAUGAUUGGAGAAGUCAGCGUUCUUAAGGGCUACUUACCCUAUAGUCAUGAUCUUUUUGCUUACAUAUUGUUAAUCACAUUUAUAGCCGUAUUCUUUAAUCCGUUGCGGUUAUUCCAAAGUGUGAUAAGAUUUCCUACAAUUGUGGCAACUUUCCACUGUUUAUAUUCUCCAAUCUCAGAAGUGAGAUUCUUGGAAUUCUUUGUUGCUGAUGUGAUGACCAGUCUUGUGAAACCCUUUAUUGAUGUAUCUUUGAUACUUUGAUGGGUAAACUCUAAUGAAGAUGAGAGAGUUUUUGAGACAGGCCAAUGCCAUUCCAAGAUGUUCUGGGCUAUCUUCGCUUGGUACUUGCCAUUCCACAUUCGAUUCUGGCAAUGUGUAAACAAAUGGUGGUACACAGGAGAUGCUUUCCCUCAUCUUGUCAAUGCUGGAAAAUAUUUUGCAUCAAUAGUUAUGAUUUGCUCUAAUUAUUUCUAUGGUUUGAAUCCUGAAAUGAAAAAUAUUACAAUUGGGCUGUAUUUAUUUGCGACUACUUACAGCUACAUUUGGGACAUAAUUAUGGAUUGGGGAUUACUCAGAGACAAAAGAUUGCUUAGAGAGCAGAUUUUGUACCCUCCAAGCUACUACUACUUUUCCUCAGUUACAAACCUAAUCCUUAGGUUUGCCUGGGUUCUUUCUUUUCUACCACCUUCUUAUUUGCCAGCGACUUUUAGGAGCAUAGAAGGGCUCACUUUGGUAUUAGGCGUACUAGAGAUUUAUAGAAGGGCUCAAUGGAGUCUGUUCAGAUUAGAGAACGAAAAUAUCAACAACUAUGAGAAGUACAGAACUGUCCUUGAGGUCCCAAGAUUGCCAAGAAAUUAGAUUAUCCGGCAUAAUGUUCAAUUUACA